AUGCCACGAGACCCAUUAAUUGGCCUGGUUGGAAAGCCAUCAAGCGGAAAAUCCACCACGCUGAACAGUUUGACUGACGCAACUUCCAAAGUCGGCAACUUCCCCUUCACCACCAUUGACCCUCAGCGAGCGAUCGGAUACCUGCAAAUUGAUUGCCCUUGUCAAAGACACGGCGUUUCGGAUAAAUGCCAACCGAACUACGGAGGUUGUAAUGAAGGACGGCGCUCGGUCCCCAUUGAGUUGCUGGAUGUAGCAGGACUUGUUCCAGGCGCACACCAGGGCCGAGGGUUAGGAAACAAAUUCUUGGAUGAUUUACGACAUGCGGAUGCUCUGAUCCAUGUGGUGGAUGUCAGUGGUACUACUGAUGCCGAGGGCAAAGCCACACGAGGAUACGACCCUUCAGUAGAUAUUGAGUGGCUACGAUCGGAGAUCGUGAGAUGGGUGCUGGGAAAUUUGAUGGAAAAAUGGGGCUCGAUAAAGCGCAGACAUAUUGCAACAAAGGCCAACCCCGUCGAUACGCUACAAGGUCAAUUCUCAGGUUACGGCAGUAAUUCUCAGGUUGUGGCACGAUGCCUUGAUAAGCUGAAUAUGAAGGAGUCUUUGGAGCAUUGGUCAGAUGAUACUAUCAAGCUCGUGGUGGAAACCUUUAUUGAUGAGAAGUUCCCUACGGUUUUCGCCUUGAACAAGAUUGAUCAUCCAGAUGCGGACAAAAAUAUCAGCAAGAUCGCAAAAAUGCAAGAUCCUCAGAGCAUUGUACUCUGUUCAGCCAUAUCAGAGGUCUUCCUCCGUCGACUCGCUAAACAAGGAUAUGUGAAGUAUGUCGAGGGUAGCGAGUUUGUGGAUACCAGAGAGGAUCUCAUUGAAAUGGGUGAGCCCGAUGGAGGAGGGCUUAAAGAAAUGGACGAGAAGUUGAAGAGCCGAGUCGAAAAUUUGAAGGACAUGGUAUUGUACCGAUUUGGAUCAACGGGUGUGGUUCAAUGUCUUUCGCGUGCUGCAGAGUUACUGGGUCUGGUACCCGUAUUCCCAGUGCGAAACAUCUCAACAUUCAGCGCCGGAGGCUCGACAGCAGUCUUCCGUGAUUGCGUUCUGGUGAAAAAGAACAGUACCGUGGGCGAUGUGGCCCGGAAAGUCAUGGGUGAUGUGCCAAUUUCCUAUAUCGAAGGCAUUGGAGGUACUCGGGUUUCAGAGGAGGAUAUUGUUGCUGUGGGUAAACACGAUAUCUUAUCAUUCAAAGUGGGCCGGUAA